CGGAGGAAAGAUCUUCCAAUAGAAAUGAAAGGAGACGAAUUUGGCAUGGUUUGGACAUCUGAAGGAAAAUUGGGAACGCGAUUUCUGCUGCUCUGGCUUCUGCUCUUUGCAGCCUGGCGGGCAGGGAGCGGCCAGCUGCGCUACUCGGUCCCCGAGGAGGCCAAACACGGCACGUUCGUGGGCCGCAUCGCGCAGGACCUGGGGCUGCAGCUGGCCGAGCUGGUGCCGCGCCUGUUCCGGGUGGCGUCCAGGGGCGGCGCGGACCUGCUGGAGGUGAAUCUGCAGAAUGGCAUCUUGUUCGUGAAUUCUCGGAUGGACCGUGAGGAGCUGUGCGGGCGCAGCGCGGAGUGCAGCGUGCACCUGGAGGUGCUGGUGGAGCGUCCUCUGCAGGUGUUCCACGUGGAGGUGGAGGUGAGGGACAUCAAUGACAAUGCGCCGGCUUUCCCCGUAAAGGAGCAAAGAAUGCAGAUUUAUGAAUCGAGACUGCCAGGUUCUUUGUUUCCACUGGAGGGCGCAUCUGAUGUUGAUGAUGGCUCAAAUUCGAUCUUGACCUAUAAACUCAGUUCUAGUGAAUACUUCGCGUUAGAUGUGAAAACAAAUCGAGAUGAUGAUGCACAUAUCAGACUUGUGUUAAGUAAGCCUUUGGACAGAGAGGACACCCCGGAACACAACUUAUUGCUGGUGGCCACAGAUGGGGGAAGACCUGAGCUCACGGGCUCCAUGCAAGUGCGGGUAACCGUGCUGGACGUGAAUGACAACGCGCCCAGUUUUGAACAGUCCGAGUAUGAAGUGAGAAUAUUGGAAAACUCUGAAAACGGUACCAGCGUUAUCAGACUGAAUGCUUCUGACCCGGAUGAAGGCUCCAACGGGGAAAUUUCCUACUCUUUCAACAGCCUUGUCUCGCCUGUGGUACUGGCACACUUUCACAUAGACCCGGCUACUGGAGAUGUAACUGUUCGAGGGAGUUUGGAUUUUGAACACGUGAAUUCGUACAAAAUACUGAUUGACGCGACAGACAAGGGUCACCCUCCAAUGGCGGGCCACUGCACAGUUUUAGUGAAAGUUCUGGAUACAAAUGACAAUGUGCCUGAGAUUGUGUUGACAUCCUUGUCAUUGCCUGUCAAGGAGGACGCCCCACUGGGCACAGUCAUCGCCCUCAUCAGCGUGUCCGACCGCGACUCCGGCCCAAACGGACAGGUCACCUGCUCCCUCGAGCCCCACGUGCCCUUCAAGCUGGUGUCCACCUACAAGAACCACUACUCGCUGGUGCUGGACAGCGGCCUGGACCGCGAGAGCGUGUCUGGCUACGACGUGGUGGUGAGAGCGCGCGACGCGGGCUCGCCCCCGCGCUGGGCCAGCGCCAGCGUGCGGGUGGAGGUGGCCGACGUGAACGACAACGCGCCGCAGUUCGCGCAGGCCGAGUACACGGUGUUCGUGAAGGAGAACAACGCGCCGGGCUGCCACAUCUUCACGGUGACGGCGCACGACGCGGACGCGCAGGAGAACGCGCGCGUGUCGUACUCGCUGGUGGAGCGUCGCGUGGGCGGGCGCGCGCUGUCGAGCUACGUGUCUGUGCACGGCGAGAGCGGCCGCGUGUACGCGCUGCAGCCGCUGGACCACGAGGAGCUGGAGGUGCUGCGCGUAGAGGUGAGCGCGCGCGACGCGGGCGCGCCGCCGCUGGGCAGCAACGUGACGCUGCAGGUGUUCGUGCUGGACGAGAACGACAACGCGCCCUGGCUGCUGGCGCGCGGCUCGGGCGGGCCUGCGGGGGCGGCGGUGGCUGCGAGCGAGCUGGUGCCGCGGUCGGCGGGCGCGGGCCACGUGGUGACCAAGGUGCGCGCGGUGGACUUGGACGCGGGCUACAACGCGUGGCUGUGGUUCGAGCUGCAGGCGGCGCCUGCGGGCGGCGCGCGCUGCCCGUUCCGCGUGGGCCUGUACACGGGCGAGAUCAGCACGACGCGCGCCCUGGACGAGCUGGACGCUCCGCGGCAGCGGCUGGUGGUGCUGGUGCGGGACCACGGCGAGCCGGCGCUCACGGCCACGGCCACGGUGCUGGUGUCGCUGGUGGACGGCGGUCAGGCGUCGCCGUCGUGGUCGCGGGCAUCGGUGGCGGCUGGCGCCUCGGCCUCGGCCUCGGCCUCGGCGGGCGCGCUGGGUGGUGCGUCGUCGCUGGUGGACGUGAACGUGUACCUGGUGGUGGCGAUCUGCGCGGUGUCGAGCCUGCUGGUGCUGACGCUGCUGGUGUGGGCGGCGGCGCGGUGGUCGUCGGGUGCGGCGUCGGAGGGCGCGUGCGUGUCGGGUCCGGCGGCGGCUGCGGCGGCGGCGCUGGUGUGCUCGAGCGCGGUGGGGAGCUGGUCGUGCUCGCAGCGGAGGCGGCAGCGGGUGUGCUCUGGGGAGGGCCCGCCCAAGGCCGACCUCAUGGCCUUCAGCCCCAGCCUUCCCCAUGGUCCCACCUCCACCGACAAUGACAACGUGAGUUUUAAAUAA